AAAGUUAUUUGUGACUGGGAGGACGAUGCUCGGAAUGACGUUUCUCAGCAGUACCGACAGGUCAUGGCCUGCUUUCACACAGCCUACAACAGCGUUGUUCGGGGUCCCACAUCCUGGAAUGGUCGAACCCUAAAAUGCCCUAACAUGUUUGGUCACGAUUCGGGGAAUCUUCUUUUCGCACAGACAGGUCUCGUGGGUUCCUUCCAACUUUUCGUUCCCGGAUGCCAGGAUGCGUACUACUGGCUCAAUCGAUUUGAAUCGGAACCUCUACCGGAGGCCGUUUCCAAAAGCCUACAGUUUCAGUUUGAAAAACUCGUCGUUCUCGACUACAUCAUCCGCAAUACCGAUCGUGGAAACGACAAUUGGCUUAUACGGUAUGAUAUACCCCCAAUGAAAGAGGUGGCAGCGGAAACGGACACGAACAAGGAGGCAUGUUGGGAUAUGGUCCCUCUUCCCACAGUGGAUGUCGUCGCUAUCGAUAAUGGCCUCGCCUUUCCAUUCAAACAUCCCGAUGAGUGGAGAGCGUUGCCGAGUUCUCGGUUAUGCGGACAGGACUAG